AUGAGUGAAGUUGUAGAUACAUUUGAUAAAUGCAAACAGUUCUUCUUGAACAAUAAGGCUCCAGUCUUCACACCAGAGGACGUCUCUCUCAAGUACAUCUGUCAGUGUCUUUGGGAUAACAAAGGGCAGCCAAUUUAUCUUUAUGCAACUUUGUACAGCACGAGUCUGAAGAUCCCCGUCUUCUCUGCGUAUGUGUAUAACCGCAACAAAACCAUUGGGAGAUGUGACGCCUGGUACAUUGAACCUCAGCUGGAUGUACCUUCUACCACUGAUCAAUGUAUGAAGUCCAAAGGCAAUAAUAAACAUAUUGGCACUAAUCAGGCUCUGAACAGCGACUAUGAGAAAUCUGGCUAUGACAGAGGUCAUCUCUAUCCUGUGCUUCACACCAACAAUCAUCUGUCAAUGCUGGCCACAUCCACACUGACCAACGCAGCUCCGCAGGAUUCAGAUUUCAAUCGUAAUACAUGGCUGAAACAUGAGGAAGCUGUAAUAAAUGACCUGUACUCCUGUGAUAAGGAGGCGUAUGUGGUAACUGGUGUAGUUCCUGACAUGGACGCCCCUAAACUGAAUAAUAGAGUCUAUGUGUCAAAGUAUUACUGGAGAGCCACCUGCUGUCAGAAAGGCACUCAGUACACAGGGAUGGGCUACUAUGGACCAGACAAGAAAAAUGAAGUGAAGACUUUAACAAUAGAAGAUCUUAACACUAAGCUCCAAGAAUUUUACAGAGGUCCAACUCCCAUUUCAAUUUUCAAUUGUCAAAAACCGGAAAGAAAACGUGCGCGGGAAUAA